AGACGUCUCUCCUGUAUCUGUGAAAGACGUCUCUCCUGUAUCUGUGAAAGACGUCUCUCCUGUAUCUGUGAAAGACGUCUCUCCUGUAUCUGUGAAAGACGUCUCUCCUGUUUCUGUGAAAGACGUCUCUCCUGUUUCUGUGAAAGACGUCUCUCCUGUAUCUGUGAAAGACGUCUCUCCUGUAUCUGUGAAAGACGUCUCUCCUGUAUCUGUGAAAGACGUCUCUCCUGUAUCUGUGAAAGACGUCUCUCCUGUAUCUGUGAAAGAUGUCCCUUCUGUAUCUGUGGAGGACAUCCAUGUAUCUGUGAAAGACGUCCUCCUUUCAAGCCUUGUCAUAGUUGACACCCCAGCAGUGAUUGACCCUUAUGAGGGCAUGAAGCCAGGGCGUACCAAAGUAGCCACUGAACUGUCCCCAGAGAGUAGUGUCCCGUUGAAAGUAGUCUCCCCAGUGUCCCCUGUCCCAUACAAACCAGUGAAGACAGAUCCUGCCCCAGUGGACACUCUGACAGCCCUGUCUGACACACUCAUCUCCUUCGACACAGGUUCAUCCAGCUCCAGAGUCCCUGACCCAGUAGGGACAGAGACAGCAGAGCCAGAGGACAGUCUAGAAGAGGAGUUGGUAAAGCCCAUCCCUCCCAGCCCAGGAUCGAGGAGUCAGGAGCUUCUCAGUGGAUCAGACAGGUCAUCUCACAGUGAUUCACCGUGGGAUAGAUGGAGUGCACCAACUGUCUAUAAAGAGAAGGAGGACAGAGACCCAGAGCCUUCAAUGGACCAUUCUAGCUCCUACUCCAGGACCUUGGACAGUUCUGCCAACCAGAGACCCAAGGCCCCAGACACAGAGUCCAAGAAGUGUUUUGUAUACCUGAAGGAGUAUGUGGACGUUACAGAUCUAACCAAGCACAACACUAGAGACAAAGAUCCUGACUAUGUAACGUCUAGUUCUACCAGCCAUUCCUACAGUAGACCCUCCUCUUACACCAGGUCUACCAUGACGUCUGCCUGUACGUACUGUGGAGAGCAGGUGGGCAACGAUGCCAAGAUCACCAUCGAGCACCUCAACAUCUCCUGCCACCCAGCCUGCUUCAAGUGUGGUGUUUGCAGUAAGCCAAUGGGGGACUUUCUGUUCAACAUGUUCCUGCACAAAGGGACAAUCCACUGUGAGAGCUGCUAUACCAACGUCUUGUAGGAUGCUUCCUUUCCUUGUCUCCUCGUCCCUUUUCCUUCAUGGCCACUGAGAGGUGACUUGACUGGAUGGUUGAUAUAACUGCUCUUUCCCAUCAAGACCUGUCGUCUGCUGACAGACACAGGGACACUGCACCUUGAGUUUGACAUUCAUUUCCAUGUGUGAGAUUUUGUUUUCAUACCUUUGUAUGGAUCUGAAUUUCAUGAGGUUAACACUGGAAUUCUAUGGCAGUUACUCUAUGGUUUAAAGAGAAUAAUAUGAUCAAAUUACUGAUAUUGUCUUCCGUCCAUUUGAAUAACCACUUUUUUUGGUCUUUUUUUCUCCUUAAAGGCCCAGUGCAGUCAAAAAACGUGAUUUCCUAUGUUUUACAUAUACUGUAUUUCCAUGCUAUGAGGUCGGAAUAAUACUACGAAAUUGGGAAAAUUAUGAUAAUUAUCUUUGUGUGUGUUGGGAAAAUUAUGAUUAAAUGACUGAACAAAUCAUUUUAAAUGGAACUGUAUAACCAAGUAAAACUUAUACUCUGUUUUAUUAUAUCUGAUUAACAAUAUGAGUUCAUAAGAAGGGAUUGUGAGACACGGACAAGGAGUAAUUAAAGUUUAUGAACACCAUUACAACUAGGAAGAAAGGAAUGGGUUGUGGAUUAAGUAAACAGAUAAGGUAGUUAACCUAUGGUUGAACCGACGAAACUGAGCUCUGGGUUUUUUAGAUAACCUAGGAAUGCACUCACUGUCUUUUCUGUUAAUUAGAACUGUCAGUUCAGUGGUGAUCGAUAAUGUUGAGGGGUCAAAAGUUACCUGGGAGUGUGUUAAUAAGUAAGAAUGAACUUUUCACCUCACUUUGUCCCUGUCGAGAGGAGGGGUUUCUGUUAAGCAAUGAAAUUACGUCAUGUUUUGUAUAUAAACUGUUGCUCGUGGUGAAGUGGCAGCGCGCUCCGAGAAUAAAUUCUGUUACCUAUUAUUGAAAAGACUGGUCUCUGUCUAUUUUAUGCAAACAAGAAUCUUACAAAUUCUCAUAAAAUAGAUGAAGGGUUUUCAAUGAAUGAAAACACAUUGGCAUCAUUAAUUUACAGUAACCGUGUGUAAGCUUUGUUUGAAGAAAAAAAAAUGCCAGAAUUGUCUGCUUGUUUUAGUGGGAGGAGUUUUGGCCAGAUUGGCGGUAUCACCAGGUGGUAUACGAAUAACAACUCAUUUUCAUGAAACAUAUCCUUCCCAUUAGGCUCGUCCAGUUAGAACUCUCACUCAGGCCUACCAAAAUUGUUUUUUUGAGAAAUUGAUGUAAGUCGCUCUGGAUAAGAGCGUCUGCUAAAUGACUUAAAUGUAAAUGUAAAUGUAAAUUGCUCUUUGCUUAGAAGCUAUUUUUGUUUCUUUUUUGACAAUUUUAGCGAGGUAAUUAAUUACCCAGAAAUGGUUUGAUAUUGAGAUAAAAACGGCUGCAUUGGCCCUUUAAUGUCGCAACUUUGUGAAUUUAUUGUGAAAUAUGAAGGAACUGUAUGUAAAAGUCUCUAGAUAUUAUUAUGUAAUGACACGAUUUAACUGGGAACUGGCUAUGUAGAUCAGCAGUUGGGUACAUUUCCUAAUUUCAGGCUUGACUAUGCAAAGUAAAUAAUUAUAUAUAUUUUUUCAAAUUUUCAUUUUUAAUUGUCUGAUUCCUUUUCCUCACA